AGUAAAAUCAGACCACUGGCCCCACUUCAUGCCUGUCAACUCCCCAGCUAUGUCGAUGCUUUAUCCAGAUUGUAAUUUAACAUGGUCUGAUUUACAUUUCGCGCAAUGAAUGUCACAUGGGGUGUGCUGACGGUUUUGAGUCUGGUGUGCCACACUGACUCGAGGUGCUCACCGACCUCGUAUUAUAAGAACUGCUGGAUUCGACGCUUCCCUGGGAUUUUCAUCGAUAUCGAGGAGUCUCAGCGGAGAGGAGCGCAGCUGCUUAAGUAUUACCAGGAGGAGACGGCGCUGAAAUGCAGCCGCACCUGUUGCCUCACGCGAAAUUUUUCCUGUAAUCUGGCCAUAUUUCACUAUGAUACCACUCAAGAAAACUGCUUCCACCUGCACUGUCCAACACUGGAGAGCUGUAUUCUCAGCCACAGAGACAACGUUGUUCUGUACAAUAUCACGAAGGGCGCAGAUCCUGACCUGUUGGUGUUUGGAAAAUACUUCACCUCCAAUGUACGCGUGUUACCCCACCACUACAGUCGAGGCAACGCCUCAGAGCCUCUGCCCUCAGACAAACGCCAGUUCAUUCAUCCACCUCCGCCCGCUUUACAGGCUCUGACUUUAGCACCCACAGUUAAACCCGUCACCACAGCAAGCAGAGUGCUCACCACCUCUACUCCUGCCACCAGUUCAACUACGCUGCAGACCACCAGUCAGCCUUCAGCAGUUCCCACAACUACAACUGUCUUAUCCUCAACUCCAAAGACUCCACUAGCAGGGAACAAUCCACAAACAACCCUGACCACCUCCACUUCUCAUGCACCCAGCUUUACUAUGCCUCCUUCAUCCACCACAGCAACCACCCUCAGCCCUUACAAUCCCAAGAGCACACCCGCUUUUUCUACCCCAACUGCACGGCAUUUCACAUCCCCAACCCAGCAUCACACCACCACCUUCUCUCAGUCGGUCACAAGCACUCUAACUUCCACAACCCUCACAGGCAGUAUAAAGAGCACCAAGCAAUACCCCAAUGACACCCAGGGCAGUUUGGAGAGAAAUCACACUGGAGGCAGUGAGGGAGGACUGGGUGUCAGCGGAGAGGACAACUUCGGGGGUUUGGGACCUGGGUGGCAUGUAGCAGCUCACACCGUGCUGGUUGCAGUGGCCAUCUGCAUCACGGUGCUGCUGAGCUGCUGUUGCUCUAUUCUGUUGGCCGUGAGCUGGAGGGGUCAGAGGAAGCGGAUGGGACACUACCGAACAUCAUGGCAAGGAAAAAGAGGAUCCAUGCGUCUGAUAAAGUAUGUGCUGGUCAAAGAAAACUCCUGAAAGUAGGGCCAAGACAAAAAAAGAUAGAACUUUUUUUCCUUUUGUUUACAUUUUUAAUGAGGGAA